GCCAGAGGAAAACUUUUGCUCCCAGCCCAGAAGGACGGGGACAGGGACGGGGACGGGGCAAAUCCUACAACUGUGAGUACGGCAGCAGUGGCCGGGCUCUCGCGUCUGCCCCGUGCUUCGCAGGCCGAUAAAGCAGACCUGACAGAAUGACGAGUACCGCUACAAAGAGCAGCUACCCGGAUCGGUCCAGGAAAACACUCUGCAGGAACCCAUUUCUCAGUAUCAAGUUCUUUGUUUUCUGCCAUGGGCUCCUGCAGCUCUCCCAGCUCCUGGUCUCCGGCUACCUGAAGAGCUCCAUCUCCACCAUCGAGAGACGAUACGGCCUCUCCAGCCAGACAUCAGGGCUGCUCGCUUCCUUCAACGAGGUUGGGAACACGCUGCUGAUCGUCUUCAUCAGUUACUUCGGGAGCCGAGUGCACAGGCCUCGCUUCAUCGGCUGCGGCGCCAUCCUGGUCUCCUUGGCCGGGUUCCUCAUGUCGCUCCCUCACUUCAUCACAGGGCCCUACGAGUACGACCAGUCCGUUGCCAGCAUGUUCAGCAACAUCACCGACCUGUGCCAGCCUGAGGGGCCGGAGUCCCAGUGGAACCUCAGCGACAUUGGCUGUGCCCCCCACACCGCCAGGGAGAACCACGAGGUUCUCCUCGUCAUGUUCAUCGCCCAGGCGCUGCUGGGCAUCGGCGGCGUCCCCAUCCAGCCCUUUGGGAUCUCCUACAUCGAUGACUUCGCCAGCGAGCAGAACUCCCCCCUCUAUUUGGGCAUCUUGUUCUCCGUGACUGUCAUCGGGCCGGGGGUGGCCUUCAUGCUGGGCUCUGCCAUGCUGCGUUUUUACGUCGACAUCGACAAAGUCACCGAAGAUGAGGUCCAGCUCACGAACAGGGACCCGCGGUGGGUCGGCGCCUGGUGGCUUGGCUUCCUGGUGGCAGCCAGUCUUGUGGCCGUGUCUGCAGUGCCCUACUUCUUCUUCCCACGGGAAAUGCCAAAAGAGGUGACAAGUGGGAAGGAGAGUGGCAGCAAGAAGAGCGAGGAUCUGCUCAGCCAGCUCAGGUCAAGGUCUGAACAAGUGCAAAACCUCUCUCUAACCAAGUUCAUCAAACACUUUCCUAUGGUCCUGCUGAGGAACCUCCGCCACCCCGUCUUCCUGCUGGUGGUGCUGGCUCAGGUCAACCUCUCAGCCAUGGUCGCUGGUUUAGCAACAUUCAUGGGGAAGUUCCUGGAGAGACAGUUCUCCCUCACGGCGUCCUUUGCCAACAUGAUCAUUGGUGCCGUGAACAUCCCUGGGGCGAUGGUGGGCAUCGUGGUGGGUGGUGCCAUCCUGAAGAGGUUCCAGGUGUCCCUGAGGCAGUGCAGCGCCAUGUGCGUCCUGGGCAUGCUGCUCUGCCUGCUCAUGGCCUUCCCCCUUCUCUUCCUCGGCUGCCCCACGCAGAAGGUCGCUGGUGUCACCUACAGCGAGAGCUCUGAAAUUGGACUCCACACCUUGGAGUGCAGCCACCAUUGUAAAUGCCCCGAGAAAGCCUACAACCCCAUCUGCGGCUCUGACGCUAUCGAGUACAUCUCGCCCUGCCACGCUGGCUGCGAGGUCGUGAAUAUCGACGACAAUUCAGUCCUGAACUACACCCACUGCAGCUGCAUCUCCAGAAACGGGCCGGGGGGCUUCGCCAAGCCCGGGACCUGCGGCACCGGCUGCUCCCAUCUGCUCCUGCCCUUCGUGGUGCUCUCCUGCGUGGCGGGGAUCCUCGCCAGCACGUCCCACACACCGUCCUUCAUGCUCAUCCUCAGGAGCAUCCAGCCUGAAGACAAAUCGUUUGCAGUUGGGAUACAGUUCAUGUUGCUGAGAAUUUUAGCGUGGAUGCCGGGACCCGUUCUGUACGGCAGCGCCAUCGACACCACCUGCAUCCUCUGGGAGAAGAAGUGCGACAGGAACGCAGCCUGCAGAUACUAUGACAACAACCUCUUCAGGCACAGGUAUCUUGGUCUCCAGUUUUUCUUUGAGGUGGGCGCUUUCCUGUGCUUCGUGACUGUGUAUAUGAUCCUCAGGAGGCAGGAGAUGGAAGCCAGGAAUGUACCAGAGACAAAGACAGACCCGGAGAAGAAGAAACUGGCAGAAAGCACCACAAAGAGCCCAGAAUCCAAAGUCUGAUGCCAAAAAUGUGAAUUGUGAUCCAUGCCCAGGGAGGUGAAGCUGUGUGAAUCACCCCGCACUCGAACUGUGAAGGGCGGAUGCUUGGAGCGAUGGGCAACGGGGCUGCUUCCCACCUUCCUCUGUAGCGCCUCGGGAGCCCGUCCACGCGCUGUCCUGCAUCCGUCUCCACGUGAGUGGUGCAGGUGGCACCUUCACGUGGGGUAGUCCACGCACAUUAACCUUUGGACACUGCAGUCUUCUGGAUUUAUGUCCUCCAAAGUGUUUGUUCCUGCUGACAGUCUCAAUGACGCCAGCACUGACCAUAAGCCUGAGACCUGAGAGUUGUUGGCUUUUUUUUUUUUUUUUAAAUAAAUGGUUUUUAC